CUCAGUGCAAACGGUCACAGCUCCUGUGAAGAACAAGCACUUGGAAAAUUCACUGGAAAAUGGAAUUUAAAGAUGGCUUUAUUUCGGUGCAAAGCAGUUUUCCAAUGCGUGCUUAGUCUUUCACAACACGCAUGUUCCAAGAACUUGUAGAGGACCCCUCAUUUGGAAAGAAGAGAUGCAAUUUUCCAUACAAUUGGGCUUAGCCAGAGUUAAGCUAGUGAUAACGUAUUUAUAAACAGUUGUAUGUGUCCUGGAAACAUGCAUUUAAAAUUUACAUUUACAUGGAGUAAGUAAAUUCACAUAUAUACAUAGACACAUAUUAACAAACCCAAAUUCUUUUUUCAAAUGUGUUGUAUGCUGUAUUUAUUUAUUUGCAGAUAUUUUCCCAUCUUAUUUCUGAAAACAAAAUCUUAUGUGUCCAAGCAGAUACUAAAACUGGAGGCUGCAGUGACGUGUCUCACAAGACAACACACUAACUGUCCUCUCAGGUAGGUUCUGUGGUGUAGACAGGCUGCCGUGUAAACAGAUGGGGUGUGUGUUAAUUACCCAUAACCAGCAUGAUGCUAAGGACUCCCACCACUUAACCUCACUUAAUCCUCAGUAUACUGAGGUCAGGCAUUAUGUCUACACCCAGGCAGGGGGUUGGUGGGCUGAGGGCUACCCUGUCCAAGGCUGCCCCUUGUCCCUUGGGUCCUCAGAGUGAUUCCAAUGUGAGGACUGGCCCAGCUCCUGGUUCCAUGAGCCUCACUAGCCACAGCUGCAGAAACUCCCGGGGCUGCCCAGUCCUUUGGACUGAGGAGGCUCCGAUGUGGGAUCAGGGUUUGCCCGAGAUUGUCUCAGUGACUCUGUCAGUCCUUCUUAUCUGGAAUAUAUACCUGGGAGAUUUUUAGAUCCCAGUUCGAUCUUUAAACCAGAUAGGUUGAAUCUUAGUUCAAUGGCAAAAACCCUAGGAAAGGGAGUUUGGUUCUGUUUAUUCUGUGUUUGUGACAGCACAGGCAGUGGCUCAGCCCACUUUCAGGACCUGCUGGUCACCGACACUGUCUUCUGUUAGCAUGCCUGUGACCUAACACUGAGGCAACCUCAGCAUAAUUCAGGAUGCUUCUGGCUCAUCAUUGUGAGUUGUUACUUUUCUAAAAAGAAACCGUUGAAUUACAGGCAGUUUAUGUUCUGCAGCUCUACAGGUGUGGAGGAAGUCAUCUGGUUAAGUACACUUAGGUUGGUGCCUUCACACCCAGCCAUACCCUAUGCAUUCACUGCAGGGGACUGCAUCUCAUCAACCCUGAAGCUUUCCCUGGGGUGAGACCUCAUGGAUAACACCACCUGGAUGGCCGCCCACCCAGGGCAGCUGUAUUUCAUCUUUGUGGGACUCUUCCAUCAAUCCCAACACCCUGCUCUUCUCUGCAUGGUCAUUUUUGUGGUUUUCCUGAUGGCCUUGUCUGGAAACACUGUGCUCAUCCUGCUGAUACACUCCAAUGCCCACCUUCACACGGCCAUGUACUUUUUCAUCAGCCAGUUGUCCCUCAUGGACACGGUGUACAUCUGCGUCACUGUGCCCAGGUUGCUCACGGGCCAGGUCAUGGGAAUGAACAAGAUCUCAGCCCCUGAAUGUGGGGUACAGAUGUUCCUCUACUUGACUGUAGGUGGUUCAGAAUGGUUCCUUCUGGCUGCCAUGGCCUACGACCGCUUUGUGGCCAUCUGCCAUCCUCUCCGGUACCCUGUCCUCAUGAACCACAGGGUGUGUCUCCUCCUGGCUUCUGGCUGCUGGUUCCUGGGGUCGGUGGAUGGCUUCAUGCUCACUCCCAUCACCAUGACCUUCCCCUUCUGCAGGUCGCAUGAGAUCCAUCACUACUUCUGUGAGGUCCCUGCCGUCAUCAAGCUCUCCUGCUCGGACACUUCCCUGUACGAGAGCCUCAUGUACCUGUGCUGUGUCCUCAUGCUCCUCAUCCCUGUGACAAUUAUUUCAAGCUCUUAUUCCUUCAUCCUCUUCACCGUCCACAGGAUGAACUCAACAGAGGGCAGGAAGAAGGCCUUUGCCACCUGCUCCUCCCAUAUGACCGUGGUCGUUCUCUUGUACGGGACUGCCAUCUAUAACUACAUGCUCCCCAGCUCCUACCACACCCCCGAGAAGGACAUGGCAGUGUCUGUAUUUUACACCAUAAUCACUCCUGUGUUGAACCCUUUAAUCUACAGUUUUAGGAACAAAGAUGUUACCAGGGCUCUGAGGAAAACGCUAGUGAGUGCUGUCAUGCAGGAAGUAGUUCAGUAG